UUGUUCCCGUUUUUGCCCCUCUCCCUUCGUUGAGAGGGUUUCGUCCGCUGAAAGAAAGCCCUGUUUUCGGUUUGUUUCCAACCAGCUGGUUGGGGGGCAGCCAUGGAAGAUCUGUAUUCGUUGCUGGACAUGCGUUGGAGGCCGUCGAUUUUUGUUUGGGAGGUGAGCUGCAAAUCCAGCCGCGCUUUCAGUCUUCGUGUCACAGAUUUGGGAUCGGGCGAUUUCAUCUUUUCUACAGCCUUCGGCUCAGGCUUCCAUCUUUCUUGCUUGCGAAUAUUUGCAUCGUUUGUCUUCAGGUUCUUGAGUAAUCCCUAUUGCUAUAUAAGAGGAGUUGAGGUAUUUAAAUUUCACAACAUAUUGGGUUCUAUCAGGAAGGGAAUUGAAUCUCACAGAUUAGCUCAGGAUCAAGACCUCCAUCAAAGAGAAGAAAAAUCAUGAAGAAAGUGCAAAACAAAGCUCGCCCAAUUAAAUAGCAUGCUGUACAAAACUAUCCAACUUUUGCUAUUUUGAUGCCUACUUCCUACUAUAAACAUCUCAAUGUAUAUACAAACAAGUGUAGUAUUUUAACAUAACAAGUAGCCUGUAAAUUAUGUUAUUACAUGCUUUUUUGCAACUUA